GCUGCUCGGCGCUUUCGCGUAACGCGGAAGCAGCAUGGCGUCAAACGGCAGCAGCAGCGAGAGGCAGCGAGUUGCACAGCACAGAUUGAGAAUCAUCGCUGGACAUUUGCAGAAAGAUGAGGACCGGGAGGCGACGCGGAUCGCUGCACACGCUUGCAAAGCCAAAGCGACUGAUACGGAUGAGGCGAUAACCAGGAGGGUGCCCAGAAAGAGGCAGGAGGUGAUGAAGUGGAACGGCUGGGGAUACAGCGACUCCAGAUUCCUCUUCAACAAGAAAGGAGAGGCGGAGUUCACCGGGAAGAGGUACCGACUGAGCGGCUUGAUAUUGCCCAGUUUGAAGGACUGGUUUGAAGGCACAUUCGGAGCAAGCCUGCAGUACAAAACCCCAGCCACAACGAAUCUAAACACCAGUGCGGUCCCUCCGCCCUUUCUGAACGAGGCCUUCGUCCAGGACCUGAAGGCCACUGAAAUCCCCUUCUCCCUGGAGGCUGAGGACCGUGUGUUCCGUUCCCAUGGUCACUGCUUGCACGAAAUCUUUGCUCUGCGUGAUGGCAAAUUUGGGCGUGCUCCUGACAUGGUGGUUUGGCCAAAUUGUCAUGACGACGUGGUGAAAAUCGUGGAGCUGGCCUGCCAACAUGAUGUGUGUCUGAUACCAUAUGGAGGCGGAACGAGUGUGUCCAGCGCCCUGGAGUGCCCUCCGGAAGAGACGCGCUCCGUCAUCUCCUUGGAUACCUCGCAAAUGAAUCGAAUAUUGUGGAUUGAUGAGAAGAAUCUAACAGCACGGAUUGAAGCUGGCAUAAUCGGACAAGACUUGGAAAGACUGCUCAAUAAGAGUGGCUACUGUACAGGCCACGAGCCCGACUCCAUGGAGUUCAGCUCUCUGGGUGGCUGGGUGGCCACCAGGGCAUCGGGCAUGAAGAAGAACAUCUACGGCAACAUCGAAGACCUGGUGGUCCAGGUAAAGAUGGUGACCCCUCGGGGAGUGAUCGAAAAGAGCUGCCUGGGCCCACGCACCUCCACCGGGCCUGACGUCCACCACUUCAUCCUGGGCUCCGAGGGAACGCUGGGUGUUGUGACCGAAGUAACGAUGAAGAUCCGCCCUCUCCCAGAAUACCAGAAGUAUGGGUCUGUGGUCUUCCCCAAUUUCGAGCAAGGAGUGGCCUGCUUGAGAGAAGUCGCAAAACACAGGUGUGCCCCUGCAUCCAUCCGGCUAAUGGAUAAUGAACAGUUUCACUUUGGGCAUGCGCUCAAACCUCAGGUCUCUUCGAUAUUCACGUCGUUUUUGGACGGGCUUAAAAAAUUCUACAUCACAAAGUUCAAAGGUUUUGACCCCCAUCGCCUGUGUGUGGCCACCUUGCUGUUUGAGGGGGACCGGGAGAGGGUCCUUCAGCAUGAGAAGCAAGUGUACGACAUCGCCUCCAAAUUUGGGGGCCUGGCAGCCGGAGAGGACAAUGGGCAGAGGGGAUACAUGCUGACCUUCGUCAUCGCUUACCUCCGGGAUUUGGGGAUGGAUUACUCAGUGAUCGGGGAGUCAUUUGAGACUUCAGUACCAUGGGACAGGGUCCUGGAUCUUUGCAGGAAUGUCAAAGAGCGCAUUGUGAGAGAGUGCAAAGAGAGGGGUGUCCAGUUCUCACCCCUGUCCACAUGCAGAGUGACUCAGACCUACGAUGCUGGUGCCUGUGUUUACUUCUACUUUGCCUUCAACUACAGAGGACUCGGAGACCCCAUCCACGUGUAUGAGCAAGUGGAGCAUGCUGCCAGAGAGGAGAUCCUGGCCAAUGGAGGGAGCCUCUCGCACCACCAUGGAGUGGGGAAGCUGAGGAAGCCGUGGAUGCGGGACGCCGUCUCCGGCGUGGGAAUGGGCAUGCUCAGGGCGGUUAAGGAGUACGUCGACCCAAAGAACAUCUUCGGCAACCGAAACCUCCUGUGACCCGGUGUCUUCCUCUUCGGUCCAGACACCCAUUUUCUCACAGCAUCCAGUGGAGUUCGACACAGCAAACAUAAUAAAAAAAAAAAACAAAAAACAGUAUAUCAGUUUUCCAGAGCUGACAGCCGGGGCCUUUGUGGCGUGGAUAGGCCUGCUGUUUGUAGCGUGUGGCUGUGAGCUGCAUCGCAGUUCCACUCUUCCACUGAGUAUCAGCGUGCUGUACAAUUACACGGAAACACAAGCCUGUUAUGCACAUAGGCACUUCCAAAACUGUGACAGUGGUUAACCCUGCCGCUGUUCUGUCAUUGGCCCGCCUCUGUUCUCCUGCACUGCUCACCUGGCAGAGACGUUAAACCAUGAAAACCUGCAGGUGUUUUCACUGCACUUCAUUAG